UUUUUCCCUGCCGCAGAAUUCCACAUGCAACUGACCGUGGGCUACGAAGAUACGUUCAUCCAGGUCGAAGUUGAUGGACAGGACCAAGUGGAGAACAUCAAGGCCCUCAUUGAAGCGCAGCUUGGCAUUCCACUAAGCACUCAAGUUCUUGUCUUGAACGGACGGCCCAUCAACCCGAAUAGUACGGUCUCUCAAGCAGGCAUUCAAAACCAUGAUCUCCUUCUGUGCACGACCCAGCAACCCCAACGCCCCCAAGUUGCCACCGCCGCAACAUCACCAUUCCUUGCACCUGCAUCCACCCAAGCCCGAGCUGGGAUGUUUAUGCAUGACAUUCCGCCCAACUGUUCGGCCGAACUGCUCAUUGAAAUCAUGCGUCUGAACCCUCAGUUGCUCCGCCAGAUCGAGGAGGGAAAUCCUUCCUUGGCGCAGUCCCUCAAGGCGCACGACGUGGCGGGUGUGCGCAUGGCGCUGAUGAAGCAACACAUGGACAUCGCCGCGCGAAAGUACAAGCAAGACCAGGAAGCGCUCGAGCUGGAGCGCAAUCCGUUCUCGGAGGAAGCGCAGGCCAAGAUUGAGGAAGCCAUCCGCCUCGGCAACGUCCAGCACAACAUGGAGAUCGCCAUGGAAGAAAUGCCCGAGGCCUUUGGACGCGUGCACAUGCUGUACAUAUCCACCGUGGUGAACAACAUGCCGGUCAAGGCCUUCGUCGACUCGGGCGCGCAAUCCACGAUCAUGAGCUCGAGCUGCGCCGAGCGAUGUGGCAUCAUGCGAUUGGUGGACCGUCGGUAUGCUGGCCAGGCUGUGGGCGUGGGGACGGCCAAGAUCAUCGGCCGCGUACACAUGGCGCCCCUCAAGAUUGGCCGCGAGUUUUAUAACUGUAGUUUUACGAUCUUGGACCAACAGGGCGUCGACUUUUUGUUUGGGCUGGACAUGCUAAAGCGACACCAGUGCUCCAUCGACUUGCACCGGAAUGCGCUCGUCCUUCGAGAUGGUUCUGGCGAGCAUCAAGUGCCCUUCCUCCCCGAACAUGAAAUUCCCAUCACGGAGCGCUCGGAGCUCCCCCCUCCGCCCCCUUCUUCCCCGGCGUCCGCCCCUGCUCCUCCCCCCGCCGCCGCCCUUCCCCCGGCUGUCGUCGCCCCCGCUUCCCCUCCAAGCACGACACUGUCGCCGGACCAAGCUGCCAAAGUCCAGCAAUUGGUCGACAUGGGAUUUCCAACCCCCCUAGCGCAAGAAGUCCUGGCCUCAUGCAACUGGAACGUCAACGUCGCCGCGGGCCUGUUGUUCGAGUCGUAGCUUCUGCCAGGAUGUGGCGAUUCCGUCGAAACACUUUAAUGACAAGUCAACCCUUCCAUUACGUUGCGUAUCCAGAACUUCCUGUCAAAAGUGACCUAACUGAACCCUUCCAUUACGUUGCGUGUCC